AUGACUCUCACUCUAAUACAAGCUCACGGUACGGUUAUGAUCCUUGCGUGGAUGGUAUUUGCUUCAACAGGUAUUUUAUUUGCACGUUAUGGACGUUCAUUAAAAUUAGGAUCUCGUCGGCAACUACUUGGCAAAGCUGUUUGGUUUCAAAUACAUAGAUUUUUUCUUUCUCUAACACCAAUAUUAACACUUCUUGGCUUUCUUUUAAUAUUAGUUCAUGCUGGUGGUCAAUGGAUCAAUCCUCAAACGUCUGACAUCCGUUUAUUUGUUCAUUCAAUAUGUGGUGGUAUAAUUGUAUGUUGUGUUAUGAUACAAAUAUGGUUGGCAUUAUAUCGUUGUCAUCCACAAAGUCGUUUUCGUUGCAUUUUUGAUUGGAGUCAUCGUAUUACAGGUUUAUUAGCUUUUACUUUGGUUAUUCCAACUAUAUUUCUCAUGACUAUUCUUAUGUCAAGAUCUCGUCCAGGACUUGUUCCUAUUUUUUCAUGUUGGGUUGGAUGGAUUGUAAUUGUUAUAAUCAUAUUUGAAAGAAUUCAAUAUCAACAACGAACAACUGUCUCACCAACAGGCAGUCAUGUUCGCACAGAGAAUACAAAUGUACGAGCAGAUACAGAAGCAGGUACAAAUACAAAUGCUGGUGGUCAACGUCAUAAUCAAAUAAAAAUACUUUUACUUUUUAUUCAUAUUAUUGUCAGUAUAGUUCUUUCUACUCUGUUUAUUGUAUUUCUUUGUAAAUAA